AUGAAGGGCUCAGCCUUUUCUCAGAAGACCUGCUCUCAGAAGACUGUGAACCCCGAGUCCAGCAGGACCAGGGGUUGCACGGUGUCCUUAGGCAGUAACGUGAGGGAUGGGCUGGAAGCUGAGGUAGAGGUCACCUCAAAGGUCUACAUCCACCGCCCCAAUGAGAAGGAAGAGCUCCAGCAGCUCAACAACCGCUUUGCUGGUUAUAUUGAUAAGGUCCGAUCCUUGGAGCAGCAGAACAAGGCCCUGAGUGACGAGAUUGAAGAACGGAGCAGGCGUCUCAAGGAAAGGGGACCUGGCAUAUCAGACGAAUAUGAGAAACAGUUCAAGGAGGUCAAGGAACUGAUCGAGAAGCUGAACAAAGAAAAGAAUGCAGCGAACAUUGAGAGAGGGAACCUGGAAGAAGAGAUUGACAUCUGGAACGCCAAGUGUGAUGAGGAGCUUUUCCUGAAAGAGGAGGCCGAGAAGACCUUGAAGGAGUUUCGUCAAGAUGUCGAUGAUGCCACCUUGCAGAAGCUGGAGCUGGAGAAAAGAAUCGAGCAACUGGUGGAUGAGAUCGAGUUCCUUAAAAAGCUUCACGAUGAGGAAGUUGCCGACUUGAUAACCCAAAUCCAGGAGUCCAAGGUGAGCCUGGAGAUAGAGAGCUCUCGGCCCGAUCUAGCGGCGGCCCUCAAAGCCUUGCGUGCGGAGAUUGAACAAGCUACCACCAAAAACAUCAAAGAAGCAGAGAAAUGGUACCAAACUAAACUCAGCUCUGCUAAAGGGCAACUGACCAAGAAUGAGCAGAGGAUCAAGACUGUCAGGGAAGAUAUUAGCAAGUAUUCCUCCCAAGUAUCUGACCUGCAGGGUGAAAUAGAUGGUCUGAGGGCACGCAACCAAGCCCUGGAGAAGAUGCUGGAUGACAUGCAGGCCAAGCACCUGGAAGAAGUCGCCUGCCUACAGGACAUCAUUGCUCAGCUGGAAGGGCGCCUCCUGGAGACAAAGGCUGACUUGUCCCGAUAUCUACAGGACUACCAAGACCUGCUAAACAUCAAGCUGAAGCUGGAUGCCGAGAUUGCAGUGUACAGGAAGCUGUUGGAAGGAGAGGAGCAGCGGCUUGGCAUUAAUCCAGAGAGUGAAGACAUCGCCUUCACGUAG